AUGCACUUGACCCUUACCAACAUUGCGAAGACCGCCUUCACCGGAGGGUACCGCGACAAGUCUGCAGCGACCGCUCGCCAUGACGAGGAAGAUCACAGAUACAUUCGCGGCGACAUCGAAACUCGCGGCCCAUGUCCCGGGUUGAAUGCGUUGGCGAACCAGGGCUACCUACCACGAGAUGGGAAGAACCUCACUAUUCCUCAAGUCCAACACGCUCUCGAGACCGCCUUGCACAUGUCUCCGCUGGCCGCCGCCUCGCUGUGCAGCUCUCUCCCCCCUCUGCUGCGCAAGGACGGCACAUUCGACCUUGUAGACACACGGCGCCACAAUGUGAUCGAGCACGACUCCUCCUUCACCCGACUUGACUUCCACCAGGGCGACAACUACACCUUCCAGCCGGACAUGCUGCAGGCCAUGAUCGAUGACGCGGACGGCGGACCGGUGACCCUGCGGUCGUUGGCCAAGACAUUCAUCCGUCGUGACAAGGAGAGCCGGGCUGCGGGAGCUCCAAAAUUGCCGUUGAAUCUGUGGUUUGUGCGAGUCUUGCAGUCAGUUGGGGUGAUGAACACGGCUCAAACUGGUGGCAUCUUGACCAAAGAAGUGUUGCAUGCUGUUUUCGCCGAGGAGAGAUUUCCGGAGAUUAUCCUCGAGAAUCCAACACCGAGGACCGUCUUGACAUUGCUUGGGAAUGCGUUUGGGAUGAUGCGAUAUGUCAUUUUCGGGCCUUAG